UUAAAAUUCCAAUGCUUGGUCCAACCAUUUCACGGUUGAAUGAUCCCAAACUAAACACGUGUCCUUCUCUGGCAUCGACGACUAAGUACACGUAAUCCUAACUGCAGAUUGGUCGGUCGCUAAUUUAUUGACCCCGCUAUAUUCCAACUUCCUUUUCUCGUCUGCUCAGUACAGUUUUGUAGAGCGAGCUAAACAAUGGCUGUAGGCAGAAGAACACUCCGCAUUUGCCAACUUCUCGUUGCCCUUCUCCUACUUUCAAUCUGCUUGAGGGUUGACGCUGGAAAGAAAGACGACGACAAAGAUGAGAAACAAGACAAAAAGCCGAAGAAGAAAAAAGAUAUUCGGGAUUACGACGAUGCCGAUAUGGAGCGAUUGUUCAUGGAGUGGGAAGAACAUGAGGAGGAACAUGACCCCGAUGACCUUUUGGAACACGAGCGACCUCCCGCCAAAAUUGACAUGUCCCAGAUCGACCCCAGUAACCCCGAGUCGGCACUCAAGCUGACCAAGAAGGGCAAGACGCUCAUGUUGUUUGUCACUGUUUCGGGAAAUCCCACGGAGGAAGAAACCGAAACAAUUACGAAUCAAUGGCAAAGCAUGCUGUUCAAUGCCCACUACAAUUUCAAGAGGUAUCCAGUGAGCAGCAACCGUGCUAUUUUUCUGCUGACGGACGGAAGCUUGGCCUGGGAGAUCAAAGAUUUCCUCAUUGAGCAAGACCGAUGUGAUGAAGUCACCAUCGACAGCCAGGUCUAUUAUGGCAAAGGCUCAGGGAAGAAGGUCGAUGGAAAAGGAAAGACCAUCGGGGUUGAUGAUGACAAAGACAAAGACAAGAAAUCAGACAAGAAAAAGACAACCAAGAAAAGUCCACCUAAGGCCGAUAAACAAAAGGAGAAACCGAAGAGCUCGUCCAGCAAGCACGAUUCCAAACAGGAUUCUAAGGAAGAGCGAAAGAAGACGGUCAAACCAACAAAAGAUAAAUCUGAGGACAAAACUGUGAAGAAAGAGAAGGAAGAAGGCAAGGCUGAUACGUUCUUCCCGCAAGUGGACGAAAUUGAUGAGGAGGAAAUGGAUGGAGAGCACGUGGAGCAAAGCGAACCUGCUGACCGCGCCAAGAAAGCUCGGGAAAAAGUCAAAGGGUACAAAUCAGCACAGCCACUGGAAAUGCCGAGGAAGGACGGAGAUAGUGAUCUACCGAAAAAAGACAAGCAAAAAGAGGAACUAUAAAACCAGGGUAACAUCAAAUCAAGGCCACGAAAAACAAAAGUAUGUUUUGCCAUCUGAAGUUAAUAUAGUUGCACGACGGUAUUCCUAACAACUCUUCUUUCUAUACAAGUUUGGUGGUGUUUGGUUCAAUUUUUAUUAAAAUAUUUUCUUUCUUCAAAUGUUAUUAGAGGCUUGGUCUCGGUGCCAAUGAAGCAUAUUCAGAAUUUUUACAUUCCUUUUAUGCAUUCUUGAAGAUUUUGUACAUACCAGCAUCCUUGUUUUUUUUUUUUAUUAGACAUGCAUUGAAAUGUGUGCAAAUGACUUUCUGACUCGGAUGCAAAAUCUGUGAUCUAAAUUUUGAUUUUAUAUUUUAGGGGGAGAAAAUACUGAAUUAGAUCAAUUAACAAACCCACCAAUCAAAGUAAUUGAAAUUCUUUAAUUAAAAUAGCACCGAGGUGUACACUUGAAA